GAUCGGUUAUCUCGUUUUCUAGCAGCCGAUCAAACAAGUAAAUAAUGUAGGAUAUUUAGUAUUUACGAUGUGUUUACCUUCGUUUUUAAAGCUUAUCCUCAUGUACAUAGACAGAAAGCUAAUAAAUCAGGUCUCUGGUACACAGAGAAAAUGAUAUCUUCCUAGAAAAUGGCUACAAUGCCUUCUCAUAAAAUGACAAGAGUAGAAGUGCGGCCUCUUGGCCGCCUUGACCGCAAGUGGCUCAAGGUGGAUCUUCAAAGCACCUUGAGCCGAGAUGGAUUAAUACGUCUUUGGAAUGAAAUGGUUAGAGAUGGGGAGCUCUCAAGGCCUGGAAUUGAUGCCUACCUAAACGCAAAUGGAGUUCCAACUCACAAAGGUGAGACUGGACGCUAUUAUUGUGGUCUUAGAGUUUUAAAUUGCACAUGCUGUGAUGGAGUCUGUGGACCACUUGAAGGCUGCAAUUGCCCGCCUUGUCAAGCCAUAGACAAUGAAGAAUUACGACGGCUGGAAGCAGAAAACAAUCAACCACCACCCUCACAACCACAGAUCUCAUCCUGGACAUGGGGAGGACAACCAACACCUGAACAGCUCAACCAGGUUGUGCUGUCCCUUAGAAAAGAACAGAUAAAUCUUUGUCAAAAUGCAGCUGCGUCCACAUUAUCAUCAAGACGUUUGCGUCAACGCUUAGCAAUUGCACACAGAGUUUUAGUUGCAAUCGGUAGACAACCAACAACAGAGAAAUCAGACGUCCAGCAAAAAACUCCAGCCCAGAAACCUCAAAAAAUACGCUCAAAACCCGCUGAAAAAGCAUCUACAAGCCUUGCAAGGGUUGGAUCUCGGGCAGCAUUAAAUUUCUCUUUUGCCUUCCUGAGGAGAGCAUGGAGAUCAGGUGAAGAUGCUGAUCUAUGCAGUGAACUACUACAGGAAUCAUUAGAGGCCCUCCAAUCCCUGCCAGAAGCAACCCUAUUUGAUGAGUCUGCCGUUUCACCAGUUUGGUUGGAAGUUGUAGAUAGAUCUGCUCGUUUCCUACGUCAGGUGGUCUUAGGUGAUGGCCAAGGAAGGGGAGAAGUUCCUCGUUCUGACCAGCACAUAGCCUUGUGCCUUCUACUUGAGUUAGCAAUGCAGAGAGGAGCAUUGUCAAAUAUGUUAGAGGCAGUAUUGCUUCUCUUACAGUUAUGGGAUAAAGGAAAGAAAGAAGCUGAUAAUAGGAUCACAUCAUCAGGCACAAGUGCCCCAUUAGUUUCUCUUUUAAGAAGACUGGAGCACGCUUCAGCAAGCAAAGUACACACUGCACCAGAUAUGUGGGAUGACAAUUCUCCAAAUGUUGUCAGCCCUAAUGAGUGCUUUCUUAGUUGCUUAGAAUUACCUGAAGAUGAGAGUAUUCUUGUAGAUCUGCGUCAAGCGGCUGUUGUUUUAAUGGCUCACUUGGAUCGUCUUGCAGCACCAUACCUCCCUCAGACAGCCCUAGCAAAACAAGGAAAUGGUCGACAACAAGAGGUCAACUGUUGGGGCUCAGGACCUACCUCCUGUGUUAUAGAAGCUAUCGCUGAAGUUGGAGUCACACAAAUAGUCUGUUCUGAAAGUGGAAUGCUGGUGUUAGCACACACUGGGAAAGUUUAUUCUUUGGCGUAUGUUCCAGAAUGUGAGGCAUUGUGUGGAGGUUUGACACUUGUUGAAGGUUUUGGUGGGAAGGAAGUGACCCGUCUGGCAGCUCAUGUGGAAGGAAGACACUUCUUGGCCCUCACUCUUGAUGGGGAGGUUUAUUCUUGGGGAGCAGGAGAUGGCGGCUGCUUGGGGCAUGGAGAUAAAACAUGUCGUGAUGAACCAACUCGUAUCCAGUCAUUGGCUGGUAUUGUUAUUUCUCACAUUGCCUGUGGGAGUAGCUAUAGUGCUGCCAUAUCAUCGCGAGGCGAACUAUACACUUGGGGACGGAACUGCUACGGAUGUCUAGGGCAUGAGAGCAGUGAUGACAAACUCCUACCACUUUUGGUUGAAGCUCUGAAGGGUCAGAGAGUUGUGGAUGUGGCCUGUGGGAGCGGAGACGCGCAGACAUUGGCAGUGACGGAUUCAGGACUGCUUUACUCCUGGGGGGACGCUGACUAUGGAAAGUUAGGACGCGGCGGCAGCGACGGCUCAAAGUCCCCCAAGGUGGUAGACAAGCUGCAGGACGUGUUCGUGACGCGGGUGUGGUGCGGGUCGCAGUGCAGCCUGGCGCUGACCCGCGGCGGCGCCGUGUACUCCUGGGGCCGCGGCGACGCGCAUCGCCUGGGCCACCCGUCGCAGGACCACGUGCGCUACCCCAAGCUGCUCGACGCCUUCCAGGGCCAGAAGGUGGUGGACCUGGCCGUGGGCGCGGGCCACGCGCUCGCGCUCACUGACGACGGCUCCGUGUGGGGCUGGGGCCGGGUGGAGGCCGUGCAGGGCAGCCACUCGGGGCCGACGGCCUCCAGUGGCCUGGGUCCGCCCGUGCUCGUGGGCACGCUGGCCGGCAAGGCCCCCGGCGCCGGGGUGGCGUGCGGGCCCGCGCAGAGCUGGGCGUGGACGGGGCUGUGCGGCACGCCGGCCAGCGUCGAGCCCCGCAUCGCGCUCGUGCUCGACCUCGGCGAGGACACGUUCCGCCUGCUGGACCAGCUGCUGGCCAGGGCCAGCCAGGGCGUGGCGGGCUCCGACUGGCCGCCCACGCAGGACAAGGAGUGCCUGGCCGUCGCCUGCCUCAACCUGCUGCACCUGCAGCUGCACGCCAUGACCGUGCACGGCGUGGACCCCCGCUCCACGGGCCUGGGCGCGGGCUCCGCCGUGCUGAGCUCGCUGCGCUCCCAGGUCGUGGAGCUGGCCAGCGCCAGCGGCGUGCUGGAGUCCAUGCAGCUCGCGGCCCAGGCCACGCUCCAGAGGGGCUGGUCCGUGCUGUUGCCCACGGCGGACGAGAGGGCCAAGACCUUGUCCGCGCUGCUGCCCAGCUCGGGCCCCAACGCCAACAGCCUCAGCGCCGGCCACCGCUUCAUGACGGACCUGCUCGUCAGCAGUCUCAUGGCCGACGGCGGCCUCGAGGCGGCCCUCGUCGCUGCAGUACGAGUCGAGCUGGGGCUGCUUGCUGCGGAUGGCUCUGAAGAUAAUACCGUCCCAGGCGCUACAAUUUCAUUGCUCCAUCUCGUGAAACAGCUGUUGAGGAGUGGCUCAGCGCAAACUUUGUCAGCACUUCAAAAUCUGACGCCCGUCCCCAAAGAACAACCUAGUCUUAAUUUAUUGUUACGUUUUCAAAGACUUUUAAUAGCUCAAAUAUAUCCCCAUAGUCAGUCCAAGGCUCAGUCAGAUCAAGACGCUCUGGGUGCAGAGUCUCUUCUCAAGAAAUAUAUUUGCCAGCUGUGUCGCCAUGCCUCUGAAAUUCUAACCGUGGCCUCCGAGAUCGCCGCCGGGGGUGCCAAGCACUUUGCGGCCGUUAUGGCGGUGCUGCGCACCGACGUCAUGUACGUGCUGCUGCCCGAGCUGGCGGUGUGCCUGACGCUGCUGCAGCAGUCGCUGCCGCUGCUGCUGCACACGGUGGACUGGCUGCAGCUGCUGGGCCCGCUGUUGGACGCCCUGGACAAGCUGAACCGCCUGGCGCCGCAGCUGGACGCGGCCGAGCACGAGGACCUGUCCUGGCCCGGCGUGCCCGUCCUCGGCCCGCUGUACGGCGACUCGUCGGGGCCGGACGCGCUGCCCCUCGUGCGCGGCGUGGACGUCGAGAACAACAACCGGGACGGCGGCCGCUGGGUGCGCGUCGGCAUGCGCGUCUACGAUAUGACCGAGUCCAAGAGCGUGGAUCCCCUACGCGCGCCGCUCGUGGGCAAGUUUCUGGAGGGCGACCUCGAGGAGCACGACGGCGGCGCGCUGCUCGCGGCGUGGACGCCCCUGCUGGACGCGGAGCGGGACCUGGCCUUCCUCCUCGGCCUUCACGCACGCGGCCUCGCCCACAGCACCCCGCGCCAGCCCGCCGAGGACGGCGCCAACGCCUGGCUGUCGGCGUCCUUCCUGCGCGGCGGCCUCCAGGGCCUGCAGCCGCCGAACCCUUUCGAGGAGGAGAAGACUGAGGCGCGCUCGGGGUUCUCGGCUAACUCCACUAAUGCCACGCCUGGGACGACGCCCACCGAGGCCAAGACCCCCCAGCUCACCACCACGGACCGCUCGUCCGCUUUCCUCCAGUCGCUCGCCGAGAGCAGGAUCAUGGACCGACAGAUCGGUGCGCUGCUGUCGCUCGUGGAGAGGUACUGCCAGCAGCACGGCCUGGUCACGCACGUCGAGUUCCUCCCGGACCACCCGGUGGAGGAGGUGGGCCGCCUGCUGCUGUCCGUGCUCAUCAAGCACCUCGGCCUGGCCUCGCACGUGUUGAGGAUCAUCGACAGAGAACUCGAGGACGGCUCCGGGUCGUGCUCGAGCGGCUCGUCCUCUGGGUCCGCCGCGUCCCGCGGCUCGGGUGGCGCGGGCGGCGUGUCCGUGCCGCGCUUCCUCGGCGAGCUGAUCCGUGUCGUGCACCAGACCAAGUGGCGCCUCAUCAAGGCGCGCCAGGAGCAGAGCCGCUCCUACAAGGAGGUGUGCGCGCGCGUGCAGGAGCGCUGCCGCUUCCUGCUGUUCGAGGUGCGCGCCGCCACCAGCGCCGAGCUGCGCGCCCUGGACCGUCUGCCGCUGCUGCACGUUCAGCCCCGCUGGCCCAGGGUCGUCCGGAGGCUCAUCGCCGACCUCCGCGCCAAGAAGCAGCAGCCGCCGGCCAAGCCGGAGGACAUCGUCAACGCGUCCAUCCAGAGCCAGGGCGCCGAGCUCAAGAGCGAGGAGAAGAGGGACGGCUGCGGCGAGCACCGCGACGAGCGGGAGCGCGACCGGGUGCGCGAGAAGGAGAAGGACGACCCCUGCAUGCACCUGGCCUCGCGCAUCGUCGACUUCGUCCUACAAGAGGCCGGAGCGGACGUGGAGACCCUUCGCAAGGCCAUGUUCUGUCAGGUGCAGCGGGUCCGCAUCCGGCGGCAGGGCCUCGGCAUGGCCCUGGACCUGCUGAGCCGCUCGCACCUGGUGCCGUCCGCCAAGUACGCGCUGCUGAGCGGCUGGCAGGGGCUCCAGCAGCCCAUCGCCGCGGCCGCCCCCGUCACCGGCCCCGCGGCCAGGGGCUCCUGCGGCUGUGAGGAACAAGCCCAUCAAGCACAAACCCAGGCUGUUCAGCUAACGAUCGUGCAGCAGGCCGGGGCGAGCGCGCCGGAGCCGGAUCCGCAGUGGCACUGCCUGGACCGCAUCGAGCUGGUGACGCCCUACGACAAGGCCAUGGUGCUGCUGGCGCAGGCCCGGCUCACGUCCUGGGCCGUGGCCGCGCUCCGCGACCUGGUGCUGCCCCUGCCCGUCGUGCACGCCUACACGGCCCCGCUGCCCCGGGGCAGGCCGCCGCCCGUCGCCCCCGCGCCGCCACACCGCCGCAUGCCCUGGGCCCGCUUCGUGCUCAGCGUGCUGGGCAUGCUGACGGGCAGCCACCAGGGCGCCGAGCUGGGCGUCAUCAUCAACUCCGGGGUCCUCUCCCUCGUCCAGAGCCUCCUGCGGGAGAUCGCCGCCUACGACCCCGCGCCCUCGGCCGCCACCACGGCCGUGACCUCCACCCAGCAGCUGGCGCAGGACACCAAGGAGGGCGUCCAGGCCAUCUUCGAGCCGCCCUUCAACAAGGGCAUGAGCGGUCCCGAGAUGGCGGCGCGCAUCAAGGUGGGCUCACGCGUGGUGCGCGGCACGGACUGGAAGUGGAGCGACCAGGACGGCAACCCUCCCGGCGAGGGCCGCGUCGUGGCCGCGCUCGGCGACGACGGCUGGGUGCGCGUCCAGUGGGACAGCGGCUCCACCAACUCGUACCGCAUGGGCAAGGAGGGCAAGUACGACCUGCGGCUGCUGCUGGAGCCGCCCUCGCCCGCCGAGAGCGAGCACGACAGCGACUCGCAGGACGACACCGCCAAGACGGCUCGCGGCCGGUCCGGGGAGCUGGAGAUGGUCAUGCUGCUGCGACAGGCGUCGCUCACGCUGCUCCGCACGCUGGCCCUGCGCAGCGGGCUCGAGGCGGACCACAUGCAGGAGUCGGCGGUGCGCACGCUGGGCGGCAUGCUCCGCGAGCUGGUGCAGGUCAACACGCGGGCGGCCACGGCCCCGGCGGGCGGUCCCGGCGGGCCCGGCGGCGGGCCUAGCGCGUCGCGCUCGCAGACCAACGCGCUCCUGGUGCUGGCCGCCAAGGCCAACAGCUUCCACUGCGCCGACUGGGCCACGCUGGGCUUCGUGCGGGCGCUGGCCGCCAGCCCCGCGCUGUGCCGCGCCCUGUGCACGCCGCCCUGGCUGCGGCUGCUCACCGUCCUGUCCAGCUGCGGAGUGCUGCACAAACAGCUGAUGUCGCUGAGGCUGCUGCAAAGUGUCCUCCCAAACUGGAGAGCUAGCGACACCGAGAAGACUGUGUUCCUGGAACAGCUCACGAACCAACUGGGCGUCACCGCACUGAUGUGCGCCCACGACCCUGUCCUCACACAACCAGACAACCUGCCCAGCUUGACGGCCUCCCACACCAGCUCGGUGGCGGAGCAGGCCAUCGCGCUGCUGCGAUCGCUGCACGCCGUCCCCUCCUGGACCGGCGUCAUGAACCGCCUGCUGGCCUCCAAGCUGGCGCUGGCCGGCGACAUGCUGCACAUGCAGGUGCAGAUGGUGCCGGUGGGCGAGGCGGACUCGGCCGUGGGCACCAUGCAGGCGGGCAUGAUGGCGGCGCUGUGCAUGCUGGGAGGCGUCGACGACCGCCCCCGCCUCGGCGGCCAGGUGGCGCUGCCCGACGGCACCCUGGGCACGGUGGUGCGCAUCUCGGGCUGCUGCCGGCUCGUGGUGCAGCCCGCGCAGGGCGAGGCCUCGCGCCACCGCCUGCCCGCCGUGCGCGCCGUGCCGGGCCCCGCGAUGGCCCUGGAGCGCCUGCCCCUGAGCGAGCCGCUGCUGGGCGCGUGGGCGCAGCUGCUCGCCGUGUGCACGCAGUCGUCGCCGCUGCAGCCGCAGCCGCGGGCGGGCGCCGUCCUGGACGCGGGGCUGCUGCGCACGCAGCAGCUGCAGCUGGCCGCGGUGCGCGCGUGCCGCGUGCUCUACCGCCACCAGACUCGCCUGCGCCGCGUGCUGCGCGCGCCGCUCACGCCGUCCUUCUGCUCGCACGGCGACGGCAUGGCGGCCGGCAUGGACGCCAUGGGCGCCGACUGCUGCGACGCCCCCGGCCUGGACGUGUCCGGCGCCGACGAUGGCGGUCGGUGCGCGGCCUGCUGCCCCAACGGCACGCUGCUGCUUCACGCCCUGCUCUACAAGGCCGCGCAGGCCUCGCCGCUCAAGCCGCACUUCACCAGGCAGGAGAUAGAGGCUGCUGCUCUCGCCCUCGUCCAGUCGCUGGCCGCCGAGCUGUGGCGCGGCGACGGCGCCAAAAGCGUGCCGACGGCUGCCCCGGCGGGCGGCGCCGCGGGAGGCGGAGGCAGCGAGGCGUCAACCCCUGCCAGCGAGUCUGUCCCCGCCAGGUCGUUCAAGGCGUCGCCCACUGCGGCGCUCAUCACCCAAGUCACCGAGAUGGGCUUCAGCCGGAAGAGCGUCGAGUACACCAUCAAGAUGAUGGGAGAAACAGCGCCGUCGGACGGGCCUCCAAUCACCAUCGAGCGCCUGGUGGCCUGGUUACUAGAGCAUCCAGACGCCGGCAUGUCCGACUCGGAUACCAUCUCGUCGUUCGACGCCUUGUCCGAUUCCGACUCGACGUCAGAGGAGGUAGAGGACGUGUCCAGCUCCUUCACUCACGUGGUGCCGGCCCAGCAGCCGGGCGUGGUCUACCACAGCCGGGCGGACUUCCUCAACAAGGACGAGUACGCCAUGUACGUGCGCGACAAUAUCGCGCCCGGCAUGCUGGUGCGCUGCUGCAAGACGUACGAGGUGGUGUACGAGGGCGACGUGGGCCGCGUCAUCAUCAUCGACACGGAGGGCCUGCACGACCUCAACGUGCUGGUGGCGUGGCAGCACCACAACGACACCUACUGGGUGCGUUUCAUCCACGUGGAGCUGCUGGGCUUCCCGCCGGGCGCGCGCCGCUCCCCCAGGGGCUCGUCCAAGCCCACCACCGCGGCCACGGCCACCAACACUGGCACUACGACCACAGCGGCCACUACGGCCGUGGCCGGCGCGACCGGCGCGGCGUUGGCGUCGUCCCUCACGUCCCCGUCGGGCGCGUUGGCCGCCGCCGCGACCGCUGCCAGCGCGCCCCCUCUCCGCAGCCCCGAGGCCACCCCGGACUGCGCGUCCUGCCACCGGAGCACGCAGGGCGGCGCGCGCUACGCCUGCCACCAGUGCCGCAACUUCUGCCUCUGCGAGGCGUGCUUCCACGUGCUCUCCCGGAGCUUUCACCGCCACCAGCUGCUGCGCGUCAGCGAGGGCGACGCUGACGCCACCUUCGUCCCGGGCGUGCGCACGCCGUUGGCGCGCGCGCGCCAGUCCUCGCACGAGGGCAGCACCUCAGCGCUCAGCUCGCUGGUGGAGGACUGGACGCAGUGCGUGAAGCGCGUCAGCGCCUCCUCCCGGGAGGGCUCGGUGUCCAAGCUCUUCGACGGCACCUGCAGCUACUGGCAGAGCUGUGGAACACAGGGCAAGCACUGGAUCCGCCUAGACAUGCAGCCCGACGUGACUAUCCAAAUGCUGACCAUGACUGUGGACCCGAGCGACAGUAGCUACAUGCCCUCGCUGGUCGUCGUGUUCGCCGGGGACAGCUACUUCGCCGGAGACAUGACGGAGCUAGCCAGCAUCAGCAUCAGGCACACGGACACGGUUGUGCCCCUGCUCACCGAUGUCAAGGAUUACUACCCGUGCGUCGAGGUGGCCAUCAAGCAGUGCCGCAACGGCGGCAUCGACUGCAAAGUGCGCUCCCUCAACGUGGUGGGGCGGCGCCGCGUCGUGGAGGACCCCGUGCCGAGGUCCUUCUCGUUCCUGGCGUCCGAGUACCAGUCCAAGGAGCCGCCCGCCCCCUCCGAGUGGGGCCUGGGCUCGUCUACCCUGGGGUCGCUCUCCGCGGCGCUGGGCGAGGCGAGCGACGCACCCAGUCGGGUGUACGUCUGGGGCCUCAACGACAAGGACCAGCUCGGCGGCGCCAAGGGCUCCAAGGUCAAGCUGCCCGUCUUCUCCGAGACGCUGUCCUCCCUCAGGCCCAUCCAUAUCGCCGGCGGCUCCAAGACCCUUUUCGUCGUUUCCUCUGACGGCAAGCUGUACGCGUGCGGUGAGGGCUCCAACGGCCGCCUCGGCCUGGGCCACAGCGGCAACGUGGCAUCGCCUCGCCAGCUGACGGUCCUCGCGCCCUACGUGGUGCGCAAGGUGGCGGUGCACUCGGGCGGCAAGCACGCCAUGGCGCUCACCCAGGACGGCAAGGUGUUCUCCUGGGGCCAGGGCGAGGACGGCGAGCUGGGCCACGGCACGAGGGCGACCCUAGACCGGCCCCGCCUCAUCGAGGCCUUCCGGUCCAAGCGGAUCCGGGACAUCGCGUGCGGCUCGGCGCACUCGGCGGCCAUCACGUCCGGCGGCGAGCUGUACACCUGGGGGCUGGGGCAGUACGGGCGCCUGGGUCACGGCGACAACGCGACGCAGCUCAAGCCCCGCGCGGUCAAGGCGCUGCUGGGCCGGCACGUGGUGCAGGUGGCGUGCGGCAGCCGCGACGCGCAGACGCUCGCGCUCACCAGCGACGGCAUGGUCUUCUCCUGGGGUGACGGCGACUUCGGCAAGCUCGGCCGCGGCGGCUCCGAGGGGUGCAGCGUGCCGCAGAACGUGGAGCGCCUCAACACGCUGGGCGUGUGCCAGAUUGAGUGCGGGGCACAGUUCUCGCUCGCGCUCACCAAGACCGGCCAGGUGUGGACCUGGGGCAAGGGCGACUACUACCGCCUGGGCCUGGACUCGGACGCGCACAUGCGCUGGCCCACGCUGGUCGAGGCCCUGCGCGGCGAGCGCGUCGUGCAGGUGGCCGUCGGGGCGCUGCACUGCCUGGCCGUCACGGACCUGGGCGUCGUGUACGCCUGGGGGGACAACGACCACGGGCAGCAGGCCUCCGGCUCCACGCUCGUCAACCGCAAGCCCGCCAUGGUGCAAGGGCUGGGCGACGUGCGCAUCAAGCGGGUCGCGUGCGGCUCAUCGCACUCCAUCGCCUGGACCACGACGGACCCGCAGCCCGUGGGACUGCAGGAGCCGGUGCUGUUCGACACGACGAGGGACCCGCUCGGCAGCUCCAUGCUGGGCGUCAUCGAGCCCGAGCUUCCCGAGGGGGAUGCCGGCAACUCCGCGCCGCUCGGUUCGACGCCCACCCCGGCGGCAGUCGCUGCCGCGGCAGCCGUGGCCGCCCUCGGGACCGGCCCGCCGGCCCCAGCAGCCGCUGCCACCACGGCCACGACCAACCCGCCCUCACCCCUCGCGGCCCGCCCGUCGCUCUCGCAGAUCCUGCUGGGCCUGGAGACGGCCGCGGCGAGGCAGCACGCCCUCAACCAUGUCCUGGCCGCGCUCAAGAUCAUGCAGGCCAGGGAGGCGCUCAUCUCGGCCUUCAACUGCUCCGUGGAGAGCGUGGCUAACGCCGCACUCUCGGCUUCAGAAUGCUCCGUUGCUGCUGAUUCUCCGGAGAGCCCAUUGGAGACGUUAGAUAGCGUCGGCAUGGGCUUGGUGAUCCAGGAAGCCCUCGACGAGGCCCUGGCUUUGCAGGCGGCGGAAGUCCAAGUCCAAGACGAGGCCGAAGGAAGCGAGCCAGAGAUCGCGCAAGGAGGGGGUGAGGCACCGGCCCUGAUGCCGGACCUCAUGGUCGUGAGCACCCACACGACCCCGGGCAGCGAAGACAGCCCCAUGGGCUUCCCUUCAUUCUCGGCGUCCUCCUCGGCCAGCCUCUGCUCGAGGGCCUCGGGGUCCAAGAUGUCCUCCAGCGCCAUGAGCGUGAUCGCCGCGACGGCCACGUCCAAGGCGCAGGUGGUGGGCGCCCUGGAAAGCGACGCACCCGCCCUCGCCGACGAGCUGUGCGGCCUGCUCGGCCCGGACGACGCCUGCAUGCUCGUCGACAUCCUCAAAGUGGCGCUCAGCGCCAACUGCGAGUCCAAGGAGACACUGUCCAAGAUUCUCUCGUCCUUGGCGGCCACCAACCCCGGCGUGCGCGCGCUCCUCGUGGAGCUGUGCGUCACGGAGCUGGAGGACGUGGCGCGGGACACGCACGCGCGCCGGCGGGUGCCGCAGCCCGUGGUGCAGGAGAGCAGCCACCCCUACAUCGACGACGUGACGCUCACGGGACACGUCAAGGUGCCCGGCGCGGACAGCCUGCGCGUGGAGUUCGACCGGCUGUGCUCCACGGAGCGCCGCCACGACCCGCUCACCAUCACGGACGGCGGCGGCCGCGUGGUGGCCGUGCGUUCUGGGCGCGAGUGGAGCGACUGGUGCCAGGAGCUCCACGUCCCCGGCGAUGAGCUGCGCUGGAAGUUCACGAGCGACGGCUCCCUGAACGGCUGGGGCUGGAGGAUGACGGUGCACCCGGUCGUGCUGUCCACGUCGCGGGACGUGCGGGCCGAGCGCCUGGUGCUCUCCGAGCCCUCUAUGGAGCUCGUCAUCUGCCUGCUGGAGCCGCGGCUGCUGCACGGCGCGGACCGGCACGUCGUGUCGCGGCUCGCCGCGGCGCUCGCGGCCUGCGCGCAGCUCAGCCACCUCAUGUCGAGCGAGCGGAUGUGGUCGCUGCAGAGCCUGAGGCGCCUGCUGCGCGCGGGGCUGGGCCACGGGCUCGGCCAGGGACUGGGCCAGCAGGGCCUGGGCGGCGCGGCGGGGGGCGGCGGCGGCGGCGAGCCGGUGGCGGCGCUGCUGCAGGGCUUGCCGCUGGCGCUGCUCCGCCAGCACGAGUACGAGGACCCCGCCGUGCGCUCCGGCAAGCAGCUCAUGCACAGCCCCUUCUUCCAAGAGCUGGUGGCGCUCGCCUGCGACCUGGGCCUCGACUCGCUGCCCUGCUGCGCCGAGAACCACAAGUGGUCCUGGUUCCGACGCUACUGCAUGGCGGCGCGGGUCGCCUCGGCCAUCAUCAACAGGAAGACCCUCCCCGUCACCUUCUGCACCGAGGUUCGCAAGAGAAUCAUGGAGUUGUCGGAAGAGGGCACGAGCACCAAGGACAUGAGCACCGAGCACGAGACCCACGCCGUGUUCAAGCUGGAGCACGACGAGCAGCUGCUCAUGUGGCUUAACCGGCGACCCGACGACUGGACGCUGACCUGCGGCAGCGGCACCAUCUACGUCUGGGGACACAACCACCGCGGCCAGCUCGGUGGCGUGGAGGGCACCCGGGUGCGCCUGCCGACGCCGUGCGAGGCGCUGUCCGCACUGCGCCCCGUGCAGCUGGUCGGCGGCGAGCAGACUCUGCUGGCGGUGUCGGCCGACGGCAAGGUGUACGCCACCGGGUACGGCGCCGGCGGCCGCCUCGGCAUCGGCGGCGUCGACUCAGCCACCACGCCCACCCUGCUCGAGUCGAUCCAGCACAUCUUCAUCAAAAAGGUGGCCGUCAACUCGGGCGGCAAGCACUGCCUGGCGCUGUCUGCUGAGGGCGAGGUGCUCUCCUGGGGCGAGGGCGACGACGGCAAGCUCGGACAUGGCAACACCUGCUCCCUGGACCGGCCGCAGAUCAUCCAGGCCCUGCAGGGCUGCGAGAUCGUGGACAUCGCGUGCGGCGGCGCGCACUCGGCCGCCAUCAGCGUGGGCGGGGAGCUGUACACUUGGGGCAAGGGUCGCUACGGCCGCCUCGGGCACGGCGACAGCGAGGACCAGCUGCGGCCCAAGCUUGUGGAGGCCCUGGUGGGCUACCGGGUAGUGGACAUCGCCUGCGGCAGCGGCGACGCGCAGACCCUCUGCAUCACGGACGACGACAACGUGUGGUCCUGGGGGGACGGCGACUACGGCAAGCUCGGCCGCGGCGGCUCCGAGGGCUGCAAGGUGCCCAUGAAGAUCGAGUCGCUGGCUGGGCUGGGCGUCAUCAAGGUGGAGUGCGGCUCCCAGUUCUCCGUGGCGCUCACGCGCUCCGGCAGCGUGUACACCUGGGGCAAGGGGGAUUACCACCGGCUUGGACACGGCACUGACGACCACGUGCGAAGGCCGCGGAAGGUAUCUUCGCUCCAGGGCAAGAAGAUCAUCUCCAUCGCCACGGGCUCCCUGCACUGCGUGGCCUGCAGCGACCAGGGUGAGGUGUUUACGUGGGGCGACAACGACGAGGGCCAGCUGGCGGACGGCACGACCAACGCCAUCCAGCGGCCGCGGCCCGUGGUCGCGCUGCAGGGCAAGAAGAUCACGCGCGUGGCGUGCGGCUCGGCGCACACGCUGGCCUGGAGCCUGGCGCAGCCCGGCGGCAAGGACGACAAGGACGCGGCCGGCAUGUCCACGUCGGCGUCCUCCGUGUCGGGCCCGCGCCUGCCGCAGAGCGCGCCGCUCGAGUACGACCUGGUGCGCGACCUGCCCAUGAACACGCUGCGUGACCGGCUGCUGCUGCUUCACCACUUCAGCGAGCUGCUGUGCCCCGGCGUCGCCAUGUUCCCCGUGCAGCAGGCGCUGCAGGGCGACGUCAGCCUGUCGCAGCUCCGCGCCUCGCUCGUUUACUCCAUCAAGGAGGCAGCCUUCCGCAAGGUCAUCCAGGCCACCAUGGUGCGGGACCGCCAGCACGGCCCCGUGCUCGAGCUCAACAGGAUCCAGGUGAAGCGGUCCCGCGGCUCCCGCGGCGGGCUGGCGGGCCCCGACGGCAUGAAGUCCGUCUUCGGCCAGAUGGUGGGCAAGAUGUCGCUGCUGACGCAGGAGGCGCUCUUCCUGCCGCACCGCGUCUGGAAGGUCAAGUUCGUCGGUGAGAGCGUGGACGACCUGGGCGGCGGCUUCAGCGAGAGCAUCGCCGAGAUGUGCGACGAGCUGCAGAAUGGGUCGCUGCCGCUGCUGAUCCCGACGCCCAACGGGCGUGACGACGCCGGCACCAACCGGGACUGCUUCCUGCUGAACCCGGCGGCGCGCUCGCCGCUCCACCUCACCAUGUUCCGCUUCCUGGGUGUGCUCAUGGGCGUGGCGGUGCGCACGGGCAACCCGCUGAGCCUCAGCCUGGCCGAGCCCGUCUGGAAGCAGCUCGCCGGCGAGCCGCUCACCCCCGCCGACCUGACCGAGGUGGACCGCGACUACGUGCCCGGCCUGCUCUGCAUCCGGGACAUGUCGCCCGACGAGAAGCUCUUCCAGACGCUCGAGAUCGCCUUCUCCACGCCGUCCGCGUCGGGCGUCGAGAUGCCGCUGUCGACGCGCCACCGACGCAUCACGCCCGAGAACAGGCACGAGUACAUCCAGCUCGCGCUCAACUACCGGCUGCACGAGUUCGACCAGCAGGUGGCCGCCGUGCGCGAGGGGCUGGCCCGGGUCGUGCCCGUGCCGCUGCUGGCGCUGUUCCGCGGCUACGAGCUCGAGACCAUGGUCUGCGGCUCGCCUGACAUCCCCCUCGCCUUGCUCAAGUCUGUCGCCACCUACCGCGGCGUGGACGCCGGCGCGCCACUGGUCCGCUGGUUCUGGGAGGUGAUGGAGGAGUUCAACACGCAGGAGCGCUCUCUGUUCCUGCGCUUCGUGUGGGGCCGGACGCGCCUGCCGCGCAGCAAGGCCGACUUCCGCGGCCGCGACUUUGUGCUGCAGGUCCUGGACAAGUACAACCCGCCAGACCACUUCCUGCCGGAGAGCUACACUUGCUUCUUCCUGCUCAAGAUGCCUCGGUACUCGUGCAAGCCCGUGUUGCUGGAGAAGCUCAAGUACGCCAUCCACUUCUGCAAGUCGAUCGACACGGACGAGUACGCCCGCGUGCCGAUGCCCGGCGGCGCAGUCUCGAGCGACACCAACGAGAUGGACAGCAUCGCCAGUGACGAGAACGAGGCUCCAGCCCACCUCUAGACUGGUCCGAGCUGUGGGAUUAUUGUCCCGUUUGUGGGUCAUGCUUAGUAAAUGCUUGCCAAGAGGAGUUGCCGAAACAAUGACGUCGUUUCAGGGAAGGUCAGAGAAGAGUUACAUUAUUUUUUCAUUCAGUAUUGCUGUGAAGUUACAUUUAUUUAUUGUUGUUAUUUUUACAAAGGGAAUUAUGUGCUCAAUGUUUAUUGCUCUUUUUAAAACCUUACUCAUUUUUCUUAAGGCUUUCAGUUUAUUAUUGUGAAUGUGUUAACUUUGUGUAUUUGCCACUUUAAAUGGUUUGUGGUAGAGACGCACAAGAUCAACCACCUUUGGUCAGGAUGACAACUGUGAUUUACUGUACAACAUAAAUGUGAAUGUGUUGCUGGAACUUGUUAAGACUAGAAGGAAAUUAUUUAAACAAAUUUAUUAUGCCUGUCCAUUAGUAUAGGUUGGUAAGCAACUUGUCUGCAUAUGUUUAUCAUAUUGUAUGCUAUCCUAAUUUGCUUACAAAAUAUGUGAUACUUAAUGAUACUUUGUAUAAUUAGCUGUAAAAUGUGUCAUAUCUAUUGUAAAUAUCUCAUUUUUUUAAAAAGAAAAAGACAAUUCUUUGUUGACAUGCCAUUUUUCUUAAAAUGCUGGACUAAACUCUCUAUACUGAGUUUAUUAUUUUGCUACAAGUAAGCAUUAAAAUUUUAUUCUCAUUUUGCAUACUUGCAAUCCCAUCUCGAACUGUAAUUUCUCAUCUGAAAUACCUUCCAUAUUAAUUAAGUUAAAAAGUUAUGUGAUGUUAGUUUUAAGUUUCAAUUUAUGUAAGUUAUGAUAUAAGUGCACCAAUACUGCAGCAAACCAAAGGUCCGCAAAGUAAAUCGCAUUAUCAUGCGCUAUACCUAA